AUGGAUGCAAAAGGUGGAGGAAAAUACAAGCCGCAAAAGGCGGAUAACCGCAAAAUUACUAUGGCAAGACUUGAUAUCCGAGUUGGUAAGAUCGUCAAGGCUGAGAAACAUCCUAAGGCAGAUGCAUUGUAUGUGGAAGAGAUCAAUGUUGGAGAGGAUCAGCUUUACACAGUUGUUAGUGGACUAGUCAAUUACAUACCUCUGGUGGAAAUGAAGAACCGUAUGGUUUGUGUUGUUUGCAACUUGAAACCGGCGACAAUGAGAGAGAUUGUGUCAGAAGGAAUGGUUCUUGCUGCUUCAAUUAGUGAUAGAAGCAAGGUUGAGUUAGUUGAGCCUCCUGAGUUUGCAAAGAUCGAAUCUAUGCCCAAAUAUUUGCCCUUCACUACAUCUUCAGGUGUAUGCAAAGUUUCGCCCAUUAUCAGUGGUAAAAUCCAGUAA